AGGUUAUAAUAUUAUUGUUAUUUGUUGUAAAUUUUUGUAGGUAGAACAAGAUUUUCCAUACACAAAAAUGUCUGAUAAGAAGGAACCUGCAGCCGCUCCUGGCGAUGGACUUCGAUCAGUGAGAACUACAACUUUGUUUAAAGCUGUCAAUUUUGAAUUAUACGUGAAACCAAAUCUCGUUAUAAUGGGAUUGGGAAUAACAGCCUUUUGUGGUUGUUUGGCAUACAUCACUUAUAUGAGAAACAAAUACGAGUCUCAGGGAUAUUACUCAGCCGUUCAAGAAGACGGAAAAGAGGAAUUUGUGAAAAGAAAAUCCAAGUGGGAUGAUUAAAAUAUAGUAAUGAUUAUUAGAUUUGUAAUUAGUAAUUUAACACACGAUUGAAUGAGUCAGCGCGUAAUUUUAAAUAGGACAGUGGUGCCAACCAUCGAGCAGACGUCAAACAAGUAAUUUAAAAAGGACGGUUAUUUUGUAGAUUUCUCGUUAUUAAUGAUGUAAAUAAACAAACGUAGAUAAAUA